CCAUUUCGCGUUUUCUACCUGUUCGCAUGGUUUCCUCAUUACGUUCACUCGGUCUCGCCGCCUCACGGUGCAGGUCUCUCCGCCCGCCCUCUUCCCACGCCAGUCAUUUUCUCAGGUCCGCCAAUGCGAGAUUAUACACGUCCAGGACCCAGGAUCCCAUGACGGGCGAGUUGGCGACCCUGCCAGACAUUGAGCCUUCCUUACUCGAGAUCACACGCACGCAGGACCCCAAAACGCCUCCCCCACCCUCCAGCCUUGUCUUCGGCCACACCUUCACCGACCACAUGCUCGCUGUGCCGUGGCACAUUCUCGAGGGUUGGGGCGCACCCAAGAUCCAACCUUAUGGCCCUCUCUCCCUCCCUCCUAGCGCGACCGUCUUUCACUAUGCGCACUGUCUCUUUGAAGGUCUCAAGGCGUACCGAGACACUAGUGGCAAGGUGACCUUGUUCCGGCCGGACAUGAACAUGAAGCGCAUGAACACUACCGCCGAGCGCAUAGCGAUGCCCACGUUCAAUGGUGAGGCCAUGGUCGAGCUCUUGAAGCAGCUCGUCCGGUUAGACAAGCACUGGAUCCCCGACCAGCCGGGGUACAGUCUGUACAUCCGUCCGACAAUGAUUGGCACGCAAUCCGCUCUGGGCGUCGCACCGCCGAAGGAGGCCCUUCUCUUCGUCAUCUGCAGCCCGGUCGGCCCGUACUACCCACAAGGCUUCAAGCCUAUCGCGCUGUACGGCACGACCGAGUACACCCGCGCGUCUCCCGGAGGCAUCGGCGCGUACAAGCUCGGCGCGAACUACGCGGCAGGCAUCGCCGCGCAGCGGGCCGCCGCCGCCAAGGGCUACGUGCAGAACCUCUGGCUGCACGGGCCUGAACACUACAUCACCGAGGUCGGCACCAUGAACGCGUUCGUCGUGUUCAAGCACAGCGAUGGCACGACCGAGCUCGUCACGCCCCCGCUCGAUGGCAUCAUCCUCCCCGGGGUGACGCGCGACUCGGUGCUCGCGCUCGCUCGAGCGCACGUCGCGGGCACGGCCCCGGUCCCCGAGCUGACCGACAGGCUCGUCGUCUCGGAGCGGCCGGUGACGAUGGGCGAGGUGAAGGAGGCCGCGCGGACGGGCAGGCUCGUCGAGUUCUUCGGGGCGGGCACGGCGGCGGUCAUCAGCCCCGUCGACCGCAUCGGGUACCUGGGCGAGGACCUGCGGAUCCCGACGGGCCCGGACGGGAUGGGCCCCGUGUCGCGUCCGCUGUGGAAGUAUUUGACGGGCAUCCAGACGGGGAGCAUUGCGCACCCCUGGAGCGUCGAGGUUUGAGGAGGGGGUCACGGUGCGGGCUGGGGGAUUUGGAAGGUCAGGGCCGGUUAUUGCGCGGAGGCGCGUCGUAACGACGGCGCUGCGCUGGAUGUGGUGAAAUCGACUAGGAAUGCAUCGUAUACGCUUCCUUAUUCAAUGUUAUGUCGAUCGAUUCAGUCGCGUUAGUAGGUACUUAGCGGGCUGUAAGUAGCGGCUAACUGUGCAGUGCGUGUGGGAAAUGUAGCGUAUGACGUCAUGGCGAAGUGUAUUAGCUGAUAUACC